UAAAGCUCAUUUGCACUAAUAGGUUCGCGCGUGUGUGUUUUUCUCUAGCCAUGCAUAAACUAUUUCAAACUAUUGAGCAGGAAUAUAAAACUCCAGUGGAGGGAAAAAUAACAGGGGAUAUACCAGGAUGGUUAUGUGGAAGUUUGUACAGAAAUGGACCUGGCAUGUACGAGGUGGGAGAAGACAAAUACCGGCACUGGCUCGAUCCUCUGGCCAUGUUCCAGUGCUUCAGAAUUCGUGACAAGAAGGCAUCGUAUCAAUGUAGAUAUUUAGAGAGUGAUGCGUAUACAAAAGCGAUGGAAGCAAAGCGUAUAGUGGUUCAUGAAUUUGGCACUGUUGCUACCCCAGACCCAUGUAUUAACAGUUUCAAAAAGCAGUUAAGUCACUUCGAGAUGGAAGAUGCAACAGACAAUACGAAUGUUAGUUUCUUUCCAUUAAAAGACGAGCUGUAUGCAGCUACAGAGAGAAACUUCAUUAACAGAAUAGAUCCCGAGACCCUAGACAGAUUAGAAAAGGUGAAGUUAGAGAACUGUGUUGCAGUAAACUGUGCCACAGCUCAUCCACAUUAUGAUGCAGACGGUACAAUUCAUAACCUUGGUAACACGUAUCAAGGCUGGCCGAAAACCUGUCUCAUACGCAUACCACCAAAGAAAGACAAAAGUGAUGAUUUCCCACAAGGCCAAGUAGUAGCAUCACUAGCAUCUCAGUCAAAAAUGCACAUAAACUACCUACACAGCUUUGGUAUGUCUGAAAACUACUAUGUAUUUAUUGAGCAACCUUUACACAUGAAUAUGAAAAAGGUAGCAUCAGCAAAGAUCCAAGAAGCAGCGUUAGAAUGGAAACCUCAGAGUAAGCCGAGGUUCCGAGUGAUUGACAAGAAGACCGGUGCAGAGAUAAAUGCUAACUUAAGAUUUGAGACUGACACAUUUAUGUUUAUGCAUCAUAUCAACACAUUUGAGGAUAAAGGAAAUUUGGUGAUGGACAUUAUUGCAUACAGGAAAGACUCUGUGUUACAAUACCUAUACUUGAAACAGCUCACCACGGAACAAUGUGAGAAUGAACACAGAAAAAUUGAGGAUCCUCUGACACGACGUUAUGUAAUUCCUCUCAAAAUAAAACCCAAUGCAACACCUGCAACAAACUUGGUCACAUUACCCUACACAAAAGCCACUGCGAAAAGGAGAGAUGCAAAAACAGUGUUCCUGACACAUGAAAUAAUGGACAAUAUAGGAAUAGAAUUCCCACAAAUAAACUAUCGUAACUACAACACUAAGAAGUACAGAUAUGUGUAUGGUGUAGGAUGGCAUUCGAAGGCGGACAUUAUUCAUACGUUGGUAAAAAUUGACAUGGAAACGAAGUCACACAAGCAAUGGAAGAGUGAAAAUUGUUUCCCUACUGAACCUGUGUUUGUUCCCAGGCCAGAUGGUACAGCCGAGGAUGACGGUGUGCUGUUAUCUGCAGUAAGCCGGACAGAUUUUGACGAGAAAGAUGGAGCUAAUGCUUUCCUUCUUAUACUGGAUGCCAAAAGUAUGGAAGAAAUUGCUCGAGCAGACUUUGGAGUACCAAGAUUUCCUAAAGAUUUGCAUGGGUUGUUUAAGCCAACUUAGAAUUUAUUAAUACAUAUUCUUACCAGCUUUUACCAUGCAUGAAUGAUGAAAAAGAAAUACACAAAAAUUUUCUCUAAGCAAUUCUGGUGUGCCAUGAUUUCCUAGACUUGGGUGUGUUGUUUAGACCGAACUAGACUUCAUCAUUCAUCUGAACAUGUUUUAUUCAUGCCAAUUGUUAUCAUGUACCGUACUUUGGGAUAUUUUCGUGUCAGCCAAUUUUCGCCCUUUUAACCCAAAAUGUAGUGUUUUUAUUUUGGCAUGUGUAAUUUUUGCCAUCUUACAUAGGUAGCGAAAAUUUGCCCAAAAAUUUCAUCAAAGUACAACAACAUUACCCCGUUUUCGAAGAGUAUCAAAGUUAGGUUACUUUUCUGCAAUUAUCCAACAACACAAAUUGUGUACAUGUGACUUUAUUAUUUCUGGUAUAUACAUACUGAAAUUUAUUGCAAAUCGUAUUAAAACAUAAAAGCAAUAAAAUUCGUUAAAAUGUUUUGUUGAAAAUAUUUGAGAAUAGACAUGUUUGUUUUCACACUGUGUCUGUCACAACCAUGUACAGUAAGUGUAUCGAAAUCUAACUGCCCAUUAAUUAUCAACUACACAUAUUCAGUAGAUUUAAUUAAAAUUGGUCAAGGUGAGAAAAUCUCGGGGUUUCUUGUUUUUGUAACAAUACAGGUAAAACAAGCAAUUAUCCUUUUAUAUCCGAUGUCAGGUACCUGUCUAUAAAGACCACCCUUGGGAGAGCCAAAAGGUGGUCUUUAUUCACAGGUUAAAAUAUACUGUAAAUGUUAAAAUGGGAAACAAAAAAUGUGGUCUUUAGAGCCAGGUGGUCUCUGUUCAGAGGUCUUUAACACAGGUUUGACUGUAUUUGCAAUUGGUAAUCAUGUAGAUAAACAGGUAUUGUAAUGUUAACGUUUAUAUGGUGUUAAAUUUUGGACAUAGGUAUAUUUUUGAGCGUUAUAUUUUUGCCACUUCAUAUGGGUGGCCAAAUAGGCGAAAAAUUAACCAUGACGAAAAUAUCCCAAAGUACUAUAUUUACCAUCAGAAUAAGAACUCCUAUUUUAGAGAACUAAAAUUUCUAAAAGAUUUUUUAAGGUUCAUUAUGCCCAUAUAUGUAAAUAUAUGUAAAUAUAUGUAGCAUUG